AUGUCCCGGACACCUAAGUUGACCGUUAGACAAGCCCUUCAGAUAGCUCAGAACAGCCAAACCGGCCAGAUUGACCCUCAGAUUCUCCAAAUUCUGGAAGAGGCUCUCGCCCAAAUCUGGACCCGCAUCCAGGCUCAGCCCAACACUUAUUUUAUGAACGAACUCGAAUUCGCCAUCUUCAACCGCUAUAGAGGACGGUCCGAAUUUCAGAACGAAACAGCGCGGAAGGCUGUGUCACGGUAUUGGAAUAGUCGCGGCACCAGAAACAGGGUCUGA